UAUCAACCUGGUUGCCGGGUCGUCAAGUGCCAAGUAAUUUCCGUCACACUCAAAUACACGAAAUAGUCACGAAAUUAUCAGCGAGAAAAGCCGAAUUUCCAAGACGAGGAGGAAGGAAUCCCGUUUGGAACGCAUCUCCUUGAUGGAAGUAUGGGCCAUUGUGUACAAACUAGCACCACCAGCCACAGCACCCAAACCUAACCACAUCAUGAACGGGCCCAAGCACAAGUUGUGCACCAAAUUGUCCAGCACAUACCUCAGGAAGUGGUGGAUUACGAUCGUCAUUGCCGCGGCUCUGAUAAUCGGCGGCAUUGUGGUGGCCUGUGAAUUCUCCGUGCUGAUCGAUGCUGUCGUGGACCGCAUGGUGGCCCUGCGCCCCGGCGCCAAGACCUUUGGCUGGUGGGCCAAGCCCCCGGUGGAGCCCAGGAUCAGCCUGUACAUAUACAACGUGACCAAUGCCGACGAUUUCCUCAGCAAUGGCUCCAAGGCCAUUGUCGACGAAGUGGGACCCUAUGUCUACAGCGAGACCUGGGAAAAGGUGAAUAUCGUGGAGAAUGACAAUGGCACGCUGAGCUACAACCUGCGAAAGAUCUACUCGUUCCGCGAAGACCUCUCCGUGGGCCCCGAAGACGACGUCGUGAUUGUGCCCAACAUUCCCAUGCUGAGCGCCACCUCCCAGAGCAAGCACGCGGCCAGGUUCCUGCGACUGGCGAUGGCCAGCAUCAUGGACAUCCUGAAGAUCAAGCCGUUCGUCCAGGUCUCCGUCGGGCAGCUGCUUUGGGGCUACGAGGAUCCGCUUCUGAAGCUGGCCAAGGACGUAGUGCCCAAGGAGCAGAAGCUGCCUUACGAGGAGUUCGGCCUGCUGUACGGCAAGAAUGGCACCUCCUCCGACCGCAUCACCGUGAACACGGGCGUGGAGGACAUCACGAAGUACGGCAUCAUCGACAACUACAACGGCCGCACCCACCUGCCACACUGGACCACCGAGGCGUGCAACAGCCUGGCGGGCACCGACGGCUCUAUCUUCCCGCCGCACAUCGAAAAGGACCGCAUCCUGCACGUGUACGACAAAGACCUGUGCCGCCUGCUGCCCCUGGUCUUCGAGAAAGAGGUGGAAACCUCGAACGAGGUGCCCGGCUACCGCUUCACCCCACCCGAGUGGGUCUUUGCCGACGUGGACAGUCAUCCGGACAACAUGUGCUUCUGCCCCGCCGGCAAGCCUUCGUGCUCGCCCAACGGCCUCUUUAAUGUCUCCCUGUGCCAAUACGAUUCCCCCAUCAUGCUGAGCUUCCCGCACUUCUACCUGGCCGACGAUAGCCUGAGGACCCAAGUGGAGGGCAUCUCCCCGCCCCAGAAGGAACUGCACCAGUUCUUCUUCGACGUCCAGCCGAAAUUGGGAACUACGCUGCGAGUGCGUGGCCGCAUCCAGAUCAAUUUGGCGGUGAGCCAGGUGUUCGACAUCAAGCAGGUGGCCAACUUCCCGGACAUCAUCUUCCCCAUCCUGUGGUUUGAGGAGGGCAUCGACAAUCUGCCCGACGAGGUCACCGACCUUAUGCGCUUCGCCGAACAGGUGCCGCCCAAGAUCCGCGUAGGCCUCAUACUGGGCCUGUGCGCCCUGGGCGUCAUCCUGCUGCUGCUGGCCACGUUCUGCCUCAUCCGCAACUCGCACCGACAGAGCACCCUGCACCUGGAGGGCUCCAACUACCUGGCCACCGCACAGGUGGACAUGAACAAGAAGCAGAACAAGGAGAACCAGCCCGCCGCCAGAUACCAUUUGGAACUAGACUUAAACGGAUCGCGUGUUUUCUCCCAAUCAGACGCGUUUCAGUCUUGGCUCAGCCUGCGUCCAGUUCCGAGUCUCCGUCCCAGUUUAUCCGUCCCAAGACUAAGCCUGAGCCGCAACAUGAUGCUCCGGUGGCUGAAGAUACUGCUCUGCCUGCUCCUUGCAGCAGGCAGCAUCUAUCUGUUUGUGGCGUCGCUUAGUGCAGACUACCGUGUGCUGGUGGCCAGAGAGCAUGUGCGCUUCCGCCAGGAAAUGCCCACCAUGGACAGCUGGAUCAACUCCCCGUUCGGCAAGCUAAAGAACUACGUCUUCAACGUGACCAACGCCGAGGCGUUCCUCGCUGGCCACGACACGAGGCUGAAGGUGCAGGAGAUAGGUCCCAUCACCUACAACAUUGUAGGCUACAACGACAUCCUGGAACGCAACGCGACACACGUGAAGUACAGCAAACACCGCUAUCGCAUUGUGGAGUUCCUGCCGGAAGAGAGUGUGGCUCCAGAUGUGCUCAACUGGACCAUCACGUCCACCAACAACGUGCUGCUGGGGGCUGCGGCGAAGCUCAAGCACCAGGCCCCCCUUUCGGCUCUCGGCUUCGACGCCGUCUUUGCGAGCGAGGACGAGUUCCUGACCAACUCCAUUUACUACUUCCUCUGGGAGUUCACCCGACCUCUGCUCCAGGGACUCGCCAGAGUGUCCAACAUGGCCGCCAAUGUCGGGGUGCUGCACAACGCUCUCAAAGACAAGAAGGAGGAAUACACGGUGAAUAUCGGCCCGGAUAGCGGUAUCGAGAACUUCUUUCGCAUUGAAACCCUGAACGACGCGGUGAUCAUCAAGGAGCAAGGCUCGAACAGUUACCGCUAUGAGAGUGAAGAGUGUCCUUACAACGUGACUGGUGCCCUUGACAACUCCCUCUAUCCGCCAUUUGUCGAGCCGGACACGCCGCUCGACGUCGUCGCCAUCGAAUCGUGCCGAGUGCUCCCUCUCACCUACCGAGGCCAGGAGAUCUACAGCGGCCUCAACACAUACCGCUACACGCUGCUCGAGGCUCUCCAGAAGCCACCGAAGUGCCUGGACACCACCUACGCCUACAAGCUGUACGAUGGCAUGUUUGACGUCUCCAAGUGUGUGAUAAACGAUGCCCCAUCUGCUUUCUCAAUGCCGCACUUCUACGGAACCAGCUACAACUGGAGCGAGCACUACGAGGGAUACACGCCCAACGCCGAGGACCACCAGCCCUACGUACUCCUGGAGCCGAUCACGGGCAUACCGAUCACGGAGAAGUACCGCUUCCAAUCGAACAUUCCCAUUCCUGACCUCAGCCGCUUUAGCCGGCGUCUGAAAAAGUACAGCAACAUGAUGGUGCCCAGUUUCUGGUACGAGUUUGAAAUGGGCGAGCUGCCUUUCUUAGUGCUGGCCCUGAUGUGGAUCAACGUGAACGUGGUGCAGCACAUGCAGCCCUACUGCAUGGGCUUCUUUCUGCUGCUGGCCGUGUGGAGCGUCCUGAAGGCGAUCAGAGUGGCUUGCGGCGACCUAGGUUACGUCGACCUCUAUCGCAAGGUGUGCGGCGGCGGAACACGGAACAUGAUGCUGGAGACAAGGUUCCAGCCAAACGCAGCCCUUGCGCAACAUGCCCUCCCCGGCCAGCUCUCCGAUCUGGCUGUCAAGUAGUGUCUACUCCCGGACUAGACCCGCGUGUAUAUAUGUUUAUACAAGACUUAGGCUAGGCUAAAGGUGCCACUCCGAUGCAAUUAUCAGUAGUUGGCAGUUACAUAAUAUACCGAUUAAGUUAAAAUUGAA